GACUGCGAGACCAGCGGUUCGGCUGGGCGUUCCGAUUUUGGCCAUGGGCGAGCUGUCCCAGGAGGUGGACGACCUACUUUAUGGCGACGGUCAGUUCAACUUCCUGGAUGAAUUCAAUACACAGGGGUCGCAGUUUGAUGGCUUGAGCCAGAACACGCAGGAUAACCCUUACGACACCACGCAGGGCACACAGGAUGGGACUCAAGACGACCCUCGAUCUCAGCUCAGCCAGGAGCCCGUCGUCUCUCUCCUGGACCAGACAACAGCAGAGCUUCAGUUUGAUGACCUGGAUUUGAACCAGGAGUUUGAGCCUCCCUAUGACAUCAAGGAGUUGCCAGAGCACUACUGCCGUUACUGUGGCAUCCACAGCCCCGGCAGCGUGAUGAAGUGCCGAGGUGAUGGGAAGUGGUUCUGCAACGUUCGCCUGCCUGGCUUACCGAGUAGCUGCAUCAUUCUUCACCUGGUCCGUGCCAAGCAGAAGGAGGUCUCCUUGCAUCCGGAGAGCACCUUGGGCGAGAUCACCCUGGAGUGCUACAACUGCGGCCAGCGCAACGUCUUCCUUUUGGGCUUCAUCGCUGCAAAGAGCGAUUCCGUGGUGGUCUUGCUUUGCCGAAUUUGUCUGUCCAACAAUGCUUUGAAGGACUCGAAUUGGGAUCUUGCACAGUGGCAGCCCCUCAUCGAAGAUCGGAGCUUCCUGCCUUGGCUGGUGAAGGUUCCCGAUGCAAAGGAGCAAAUGCGCUCCUGGAACAUCACUGCGGCGCAGGUGAACAAGCUCGAAGAGAUGUGGAAGACGAAUCCUGAUGCCAACUUGGAGGAUCUGGAGGGGAAGGCUGGCCCUGGGUCGGAAGAUGACCCGCAGCCGGUAAUGCUCCGGUACGAGGACGCCUACCAGUAUCAGCACGUCUUCGCCCCACUGGUGAAGAUGGAGGCGGACUACGACAAAAAGCUGAAGGAGUCGCAGAGCCAGGAGAACGUCGUGGUGCGCUGGGAUGUGGGUUUGAACAAAAAGCGCAUCGCCUACUUCCACUUCACGAAGGAAGACACCGAAGCCCGACUCGCGCCGGGAGACGAGCUUCGCUUGCGCCUCAACUCCUCAGCCUACGCCGACCUCUCCGGCUCGGACGAGGCCGGCUGGAGCGCUGUGGGACACGUCUCCAAAAUCACAGCCAACGAGGAGGUCGCCUUGGAGCUCCGCGGUGGCCAGCAGCUGGGCCCGUGGGACAUCAACCACGGCUUCCAAGUCGAAUUCGUGUGGAAGUCAACUUCUUUCGACCGCAUGCAGGCUGCGAUGCGGACCUUCGCCGUGGACGACACGAGCGUUUCCGGUUACCUCUACCACAAGCUGCUAGGCCACGAUGUGGAGCCGCAGACUAUCCGCUCCACUGUUCCGAAGCACUUCACUGCUCCGAACUUGCCGCAGCUGAACCACUCCCAGGUCUACGCCGUCCGCAAGGCGUUGUCGAACCCCUUGUGCCUGAUCCAGGGACCCCCAGGUACGGGCAAGACCGUCACAUCUGCCACAAUUGUCUACCACCUCACGCGGCAGAACCAGGGACAGGUCUUGGUCUGUGCUCCGUCCAACAUCGCCGUCGACCAACUUGCGGAGAAACUGCACAAGACAGGCUUGAAGGUCGUUCGUUUGAGUGCCAAGUCCCGUGAAGCGGUGGCCAGCAGCGUGGAUUUCCUCACGCUCCACCACCAGGUGCGGCACCUGGAUACUCCGGACCAUCAAGAGCUCCAGAAGCUCAUGGCGCUGAAGGAUGAGUUGGGUGAGCUCUCCCAUGUGGACGAGAAGAAGUUCAAGCAGCUGCAGAACUCCACCGAGCGUGAGUUGCUCACCGCAGCCGACGUCAUCUGCACCACCUGCGUUGGCGCGGGAGAUCCGCGUCUGCAGAACUUCCGCUUCAAGCAGGUGCUCGUGGAUGAGUCGACGCAGGCUGCCGAGCCCGAGUGUCUCAUUCCGAUCAUGAUGGGCGCGAAGCAGAUGGUCUUGGUUGGAGAUCACUGCCAGCUUGGGCCGGUGAUCAUGUGCAAGAAGGCUGCGAAGGCAGGGCUUCACCAGAGUCUCUUUGAGCGGCUGAUCUUCCUUGGCGUUCGGCCAGUCCGCUUGGAGGUGCAGUACCGCAUGCAUCCCUGCCUGUCGGAGUUCCCGUCGCAGUCCUUCUAUGACGGCUCGCUUCAGAAUGGGGUCACCCUCAAU